GUGAGCUGUUUCUGAGGUAGUUACAACAUCAUGGCUGGUGCCUCAGUGUAUUUCAGUAACAGUACAGGUACUGCUAUCUGUGGUACACCAACAAGAUUUUUUUUUAUAUAUAUACAGAAAUGACAGCAAGGCUCUUCUCCAGCUGUUAGAUAAUAUAAUUAGUUUCUCAUCGUUGACUCUGUGAUGCACGCAGGCUGAACCAUGGACAUCGAAGAAGCAGCGACGGUCAACGGCCUCGAGGGUCCGUCCAGUCCGAGGCACCUGACUGGGUUGGGAAUGGACUGUCUCCUCAGCCCAAAGUACAGACACAGUGGACCGGGUCUCACCUGUCCUCAGGAGUACAGCCAGUGGCUUCCAUACCGCCACGACGCAAGUCUGCUGCCCAUGAAGGAAGACCUGGCCUGGUGGCUGAACAGCACCAUGGGUGCUGACGUCACAGCAGAAACUCUGAUGGACAAGUUGGACAACGGUGUCGUCCUCUGUCAGCUGGCACAGCUGCUGCAGGACAAGAUGAUGUGUGCCAACAAUGGCAAGUCUUUCAUAAGGAGAGUGAUCCACUGGCGAGCCGAUGCGACCUCUGGAUCUUUUUUCGCCCGAGACAACACUGCCAACUUCCUGUACUGGUGUCGAAAGAUCGGCCUUGAUGAGGCUUAUCUUUUCGAAUCAGAAGAUUUAGUCCUCCACAAGCAGCCCAGAGAGGUGUGUCUGUGUCUGAUGGAGCUGGGACGUAUGGCAGCCGGGUACGGAGUGGAGCCUCCAGGGCUGGUGAAGUUGGAGAGAGAGCUAGAGAAGGAGAGGGAGGAGGCAGGGUGCUUAUCUCCGUCGUCCCCUCUCCCCCUCUCUUUUUUCCCCCCUUCACCAUCACCCUCCCCUUCACAGGCACAUCCGCCCCCAGCUCCCUCUUCUUCACCAUCACCUCCUCCCCCUCCUCCUCCUCCUCUUCCUCCUCCUCCACCUGUGGCCACAAACCCGAUCAUAACCUCUCUGUCUGAACCCGUUGUCUCUGAUCUUCCAUCAGCCACAACAAACGCAGCACCUACGUGUCCGUCACUCCCUCCUCACUCCUCCGUCUCCUCAUCUCACCCCUGCACCACCACCGUUUCAACACAAACACCUUUGUUUUCUCCUCCUAAUACACCUGCUGGAACACCACCGUCAGCGCCCCCACCAGGACAAACCCUGGUAUCUGCCAAAGCCCCUGCACUUCCCAGCUCGCCACCUGCGGCCACGACUCCACGGUCCUCAGGGAAGUUCACCAAGAGAAAAAGCACAGGCACCAACAACGUUUUGGACAACAUUGUAAGAAACAUCAUUGAAAACCCUCCCUGCAGCUGCUCCACCAGGUUUGUGGUUGAGAAACAACCCAAAGGCUGUUAUCGUGUCGGGGACAAAGUUCUUUACAUCCGGAUGCUGAAUGAGCGGCAUGUGAUGGUGCGUGUAGGUGGAGGCUGGGAGACCUUUAUUAGUUAUCUGGAGAAACAUGACCCCUGCAGAGGAGGAGGAGGAGGCCUUACUGGCAGACCAGAGGUCAAGGUCUGCAGGCUAAAGGCAAAACCCCCCACUUUAAACAUCUCUUCACCUGACAGCUACAUGGUGGUGGGCGCCCAUUACAGAGGCAAAAAGUAGACACUAAUUCAUUUGAAACUGGUUUUCAGUAACCUGGACUGAGGACACUGACUGAUGUAAAGCUGUGUACGAGUCAUAGGCUAAAAAUCAUCUGUGUUUAACUGCUAUAACUUUGACACUUGGCCUGGAGAUGAAACCUCAGAUAUUAUAGGUCUACAAAACAAUUUCUACAAAAGAAAAAUUAAUCAUCAAUUUGGUUUUUUUUGGGAGAACAAAAAAGACCUGGUUUGACAUCAUUCAUCUUUAUCAGAAUGGAGUGCAGGU